AUGGUUCAGAUCAGUGAGGUCAAAGGAAAUUCGCGAGAGAAUAGAACUGCGGCACACACCCAUAUCAAGGGCUUGGGAUUACGGCCUGAUGGCACGGCUGAACCCACAAGCGCUGGCUUUGUUGGACAGGCAGCAGCGAGAGAGGCCUGCGGUGUGGUGGUCGAUAUGAUAAAAGCGAAAAAAAUGGCGGGCCGAGCAGUCCUACUUGCGGGUGGACCGGGAACGGGGAAGACGGCUUUGGCGCUGGCUGUGUCGCAAGAAUUGGGCACCAAAGUACCUUUUUGUCCCAUCGUGGGUAGUGAGGUUUUCUCGGCGGAGGUCAAGAAAACGGAGGCGCUCAUGGAAAACUUUCGAAGGGCAAUUGGACUACGAGUGCGCGAGACGAAGGAAGUAUACGAAGGUGAAGUGACGGAGCUCACUCCGGAGGAAGCAGAGAACCCAUUGGGAGGCUACGGAAGGACCAUAAGCCAUCUAAUCAUCGGGCUCAAAUCCUACAGAGGGACGAAAAAGCUGCGACUGGACCCUAGCAUCUACGAAGCGAUUCAGAAGGAAAGAGUAACUGUCGGCGACGUAAUAUAUAUCGAAGCCAACACUGGUGCGUGCAAGCGCGUCGGACGAUCUGACGCGUAUGCCACUGAGUUUGAUUUGGAAGCGGAAGAAUACGUACCUGUCCCCAAGGGCGACGUUCACAAGAAGAAGGAAAUCGUACAAGACGUCACGCUACAUGACUUGGAUAUUGCGAACGCCAGACCACAAGGAGGACAGGAUGUCAUGAGCAUGAUGGGCCAGCUUAUGAAACCCAAGAAGACCGAAAUCACAGACAAACUGCGUCAGGAGAUCAACAAGGUUGUAAACCGAUACAUUGACCAAGGCGUAGCCGAGUUGGUUCCUGGCGUUUUGUUCAUUGAUGAAGUCCACAUGCUCGAUAUAGAAUGCUUCACCUACCUAAACCGCGCCCUUGAGUCUUCAAUAUCCCCCAUCGUAAUACUCGCUUCAAACCGUGGCAACACCGUCGUACGGGGCACAGGAGACAUAGUAGCCGCUCAUGGCAUUCCCCCCGACCUCCUAGCACGCCUUCUAAUAAUCCCUACUCACGCUUAUAACCCCGAAGAGAUAAAAACUAUCGUGCGGCUGCGUGCGAAGAUAGAGGGCUUAACCAUUAGCGAGCCGGCGCUGGAGAAAGUCGCGGAGCAUGGAAGUAAAGUGAGUUUGCGCUAUGCGUUGCAGCUACUGACGCCGGCGAGCAUCCUAGCACGGGUAAAUGGGCGAGCUGGCGGGAUUGAAGAGGCGGAUAUUGCGGAGUGUGAGGAUUUGUUUAUCGAUGCGAAGAGGAGCGCUGGGGUUGUGUCGAGUGGGGAUGGGAAUGGGUUUAUUUCUUGA